GCGCGGAGAGGACGAGUUCCGGCAGCUUUCCGAGCUGACUCUCGGAAACGUACCCCACUCGGCCUUUGGUGGGCAGACACUGACUGGUAGCCCAGAGGAGUGGUAGAGCUGUUGCCAUAGUAACUCUGCUACUAGAUGUAGUCAAAGCAUUGACUUGCUUCCUUCAGCAACCCAGAGUUGAACUCCCUCAGGUUCCAGACCCUGAGCUUGGCACAGUGGGGAUCUCUCAAGAUUUAAAGUAGCAUGGAUCUGCCCGUGGAUGAGUGGAAAUCAUACAUACUUCAGAAGUGGUCUUUGCUCCCCAAGUCCAUUCAGGUUACAAUUUCUACAGCAGAGACUCUAAGCGAUCUCUUUCUUCACUCAUCUUCACUUCUUCAACCGGAGGAUGAGAUGUUUUUAAAAAGGCUUUCUAAAGGUUACCUUGUUGGAAAGGAUCCCAACGCUCCCCUUUUCUACAGAGAAGAAGGAAACAAAAAAUUUCAGAAGAAGGAUUAUAUGGGAGCCACAGUGCUGUACUCUAAGGGAGUAUCGCAUUCAAGGCCCAACUCUGAGGACAUUUCACUGUGUUACGCCAAUCGCUCUGCAGCCCUCUUCCACCUGGGUCAGUAUGAGACAUGCCUUAAAGACAUCGUCAGAGCACAGACGCAUGGAUAUCCAGAGGGAUUGCAACCCAAGUUGCUGUUGCGUAAGGCGGAGUGUCUGGUGACCCUGGGGAGACCACACGAGGCAAGCCAGACCAUCAGUGAUCUUGAAAGUAACUUUGCUGCUGAACCAACCCUAGCAGCUUCCCAAUUUCAGAUUCUGCAGAGAACCCUCUGUCGUCUGAAAGUAAAGGUACAAGAAAAGGGGAAUCUCACAGAAACCUCCCCAGCAGCUCUAACCAAAGCCUUUGAGGAUAUGGACCUAAGGGAAGAGAAUGAACAAAUUUCCAACACAUCAUCAUCUGUCAGCUUAUGUACGGACCCUUUAAAAGGCCGCUAUCUGGUUGCCACAAAAGAUAUUCUCCCAGGAGAGCUUCUGGUGAAAGAGGAUGCUUUUGUGAGUGUCCUUAACCCAGGAGAAAUGCCACCAUGGCAUCAUGGCCUCGAGAGCAAGUGGGAUACCAGAGCUACCAAUGCGGACCUCUACUGUCACCGAUGUUUGAAGCACACUUUGGCCCCAGUUCCCUGUGAUGGAUGCAGUUAUGCCAAGUAUUGCAGCCAAGAGUGUUUGCAGCAGGCCUGGGAUCUCUACCAUAGUAUAGAGUGUUCUCUAGGGGGGCUGCUUCUCACACUGGGUGUUUUUUGCCACAUUGCCCUGAGGUCGACUCUUUUAGCUAGAUUUGAGGAGGCUGGCAAAGUCAUAAAUAAGCUUUGUGGUGAGAUUACUAACAGGGAUAUCUGUUUACCUGAAAGCAAGAAUCUGACGCAAAUACUCAGUUAUGACCUGGGAGGGGAGAGUAAAAAAAAGGGCAAAACAGUUGAGACCCCAAUUCCUGGGUGUGAUAUUAACGGGAAGUAUGAAAAUAAUUAUAAUGCUGUCUUCAGCCUUUUACCCCAUACUGGAAACCAUAGCCCUGUGUACAAAUUCCUCUGUGCUCUGAGUGUUUCUGCACUGUGCAGGCAGCUCGAAGCAGUCAGUUUACAGGCCUUCACAACAGGUCUGAAAUCGUCUAAGCUGAAAGCAGCAGCGGCUCCUAUGUUGUAUCCAGAGUUGAAUAUUUGGGGAGUGGCCAUGCUGAGACACAUGUUACAGCUACAGUGUAAUGCUCAGGCGAUAACAACCAUACAGCAAACAGGAUCUGAAGAGAGCCUCAUUACCGACAGCAGGCAGGUGUGCCUUGCCACGGGGCUGUUCCCCGUCGUCAGCCUCCUGAACCAUUCCUGCAGCCCCAAUACCAGCGUGUCCUUCAUUAGCACCGUCGCCACCGUUCGGGCAUCUCAGCAGAUUAGAAAAGGGCAGGAGAUUCUCCACUGCUAUGGGCCCCACGAGAGCAGGAUGGGUGUUGCCGAGAGGCUCCAGAAGCUGAGGUCUCAGUAUUUCUUUGACUGCAACUGUCCCCCUUGUGAACGUGAGAAGCAGAGACCCUCGCAGGGGCCCAGGUGGGAAGCCUUCUGUUGUCACCGUUGCGGAGCACUCCUGCAGGGAGGUGAUGUUCUGAGCUGUGGCAGCACAUCUUGUAUGGAAUCAGUCAGCAGAGAUCACCUAGUCUCUCAGCUACAGGACCUUCAGCAGCAGGUGGGGAUGGCCCGGAAGCUUCUCAGAAAUGGCGAACUAGAGCGAGCCAUUCAGCUGUUGUUGGGAUGCCAGCAUGAUGCUGAGAGCUUCCUGUUGGCGGAACACAGCGUGGUGGGAGAAAUCGAGGAUGACCUGGCCCAGGCCUAUGCUGCCUUAGGGGACUGGGAGAAGUCAGCCACCCAUCUACAGAAGAGUCUCCGAGUGGUGGAGGUUCGCCACGGGCCAUCCAGUGUUGAGAUGGGCCAUGAACUCUUCAAACUGGCCCAAAUCUUCUUCAAUGGGUUUGCAAUACCCGAAGCUCUGAACACAAUACAACAGGCAGAAAAGGUUCUGCUGGUGCACUAUGGCCCUUGGAAUGAUGAGAUCCAGGAGCUACAAAAGAUGAAAUCCUGUUUGUUGGACUUGCCGCCCAUCCCUGUGGGACCCAACGAAUAGGGUCCCAAGGGGGCCUUGACCAACAGGAAAGGAGCCCGUGUGGGAGGAGUUAAAGAGGGUCUGUUGCUGCUGAGCUGUCGCCAAACAAUACAGGACUUGCCCGACAAUCACAAGCCUAGUGUAUGAGGGGAGGGGAGGGCUUAGAAAGCUUUGCAGUUGGAGAUGUGCUCACCUGUUUUGAUGCAUGUUUCUUGAAGUAGUUAACUGCUCUGCAACAAAAACUCCCGGUUCCCAGAAAAAACUUAAAACUGGUAUCUGGAGAGCCUAAGCCCUUUAAAAGGAUUUUAGCUGAUCUGCAGGCAUCUGGAUGUUAGCCUGGGGUUUUGGCUAGACGCCACCUCACUAAAUGAUGAUAGUCUGUUUCCCUGGAACAUUCCUAUGGUUUCUAGUAGUAAUGAAAUGUUGUGUACCACUCCAGUGGGAACUUAAACUCUUAAUAGUUGUAUUGUAAUUGAAAAAUAAUUAUAAGCAAGAAAUUAGUGAGGCUUCUUACCUCUGGAGAUAUAGUUUCAUUUAUGGUACCUAGCUUCCUUGAAUCCUUUGUUAAAACCGGUGGAGUAUAAAUUGUGAAUAGAGAAAUAAAUAUGGGGCCAUUUUAUUGUUGGGCAAUUUCUUCCUAGGAUGGCAACUCUAAAUUUGUUUUCUACCAGUUUUCGAGUCCUUAUUCUCUGGUUUUCAUUCUAUACUCUGGGCAGACUCACUGACCAAACACUAAUAAAAUCAAGCUUGUAGCAAUGACUUUAUAACACAUUGUUUCUGAGUUCUGUUUACUAGCAAGCCUGAAAAGAGACCGCUUUUUUCUACCUCCCCAAGCAGGCAAAUGAAAUACAGACUGCAUAAUUACUGAGAAGGAAAAAAAAAAACAACUUCAGAAGAUGCUGAGGGUGCGGGCAUUGCUCACACUUAAGAGGCAAAAAGUAGGAAUGAUAGCCGUUGUCUACCUGGAUGUAUAGCAAUAGUCUAAACCCCAUCCCGGUCAGAAGGCCGGGAGACUCUGGGUCUGAACCCUGGGUGCUCUAUCACCACUGGGGACCAAGUGGUUCAGAUGAGUUGGUGGAAAAGAAUACACGCUGCUUUGAGAGCUUGCCCACCCCGGCCAUGCCCAAGAAGUGCCCAGUGGUUGCCCCGGCAUUAUAAUCAGGAACUGAAUAGCCCUGAAGCUGCCUGGCAGUAGCUUUUCAGGAAGCUGAGUGUUCAGAACAUGGUUCACACUCAAAUAUUUGAAUGAAGGGCAGGCAGAAUCGCAUUUAUCUUCCUUUCUACUAACUCACUUAGGCAAGGGCUGUGGCCAAUGAGAUGUUUUGGUAGAGCUAACUCUUUCAAGAAGAAAAAUUUAGUCUUGUGACCAAUUCUGUAGUUCUUUUCCAGACACUUGGCAUGUUUCAUGUUCCUGAAAAAGGAGGAUCUGUUGUACUUUGUAAAAUAGGCCUCCUUCCUUAAAAAGAAUAUGUGUAGAAUUUUACAUAGCAGACCUCAUUUUAUGUGAACUUGAGAGCUUUCUUUAAAUGCUCUAUAAAAUAAGAAUUAUUUCCUGAAG